AUGACCGAAUACCCAGAUCGCGAAAUGUUGGAUACGUCCCCCAAAAGUCGCACCCUGGGGCCCCGUAAUCUGCCCCGGGCGUCACAUGCUUGUCAGCGAUGCCGGACGAAAAAGGGAAGGUGCAAUCAACAACGACCUUGCUCAACUUGUGUUCGUACCAACUCAGCUUGUAUUUACGGAGAGCGAAGGAAAACGAACAAGAACAGAGACGACCGCUCAAACGAUGACACCCUCCAGCAUGAGAUAAUUGAACGAUCUUGGUCUUUGGUUAGUGGACAAGCCGAAACCGCGCUUGACACCAACGACAAUACGUUCGACAAUAUUCCUAGCUCCGUAACUCCUAAUGUGAACAUUGAUUCUGUGCGAUCAGAGGAAACUUUUGCCUCGAAUGAUCGCGAUGUAGUAGGCGAAGUUAACCAGCGAACACAAGGAACAGAAUUCUACGGCACGUCGUCGAACUAUGUGCUGCUCAAUCAGCUCUUCUCCCAUGUGCGACAGCAGAGUCAAGCCAGACAUGUUUCGGCGCUAGACACCUCAAGCCGUCCAGCGACGACGAUUGCAGGACAAAACCAACACGCGUCAUCUGCACGAAUCUCGCUUGUGAACUUGUUGGCCAAUGACGACGAGCUGUUACCACCGUCCAGAGAGAAGUCACCAUUGCAAAGCUCCUCUUCUGCAAAUCAGUCUUCCGCCCCAAUGGCUCUGACAAGUGUCUCAGGAGAACGCAGCCAUACCUCGAAUAUUACUGUGCCUGCACUUACCCAACGUACAGCCGAAAGACGGCUAGAGGAAGCGCUCGUACGCAGCUUCAUGCACAAUCUUCAUUAUUUGCAUCCCAUGAUCGACAAUGAUACGUUCAACGCCCGAUACGAAGCUCAUAUGGCAGAGCAUAAUAGUCGACAUGAGAGAUCGCCCAGUCUCAGGCACUUUUUCGCUCUUUACAAUAUCAUUGUUGCUGUCGGAGCACUUGUGGCCGGAUCGGACUUCCACGAAGAAUUUGGCCGUGAGAUCAGGGCAGUGAUGCAGAACAAGAACGCCACACGAGGGCUGGAAAAGGCACCGCUCCAAGGCCUCUCAAGGCAUUACUUCCAGAGGUCACGGAGCUUACUCGGCGAUGUGUUUGAGGCCUGUUCUCUGGAAAGUGCGCAGACACUCUUCUUAAUGUCUCUUUAUUGCCAAAAUUCGUUAAAGCCACAUGCGUGCUAUAUGUAUUGUGGUAUGGCUGUUCGAACAGCUCUAGCUAUAGGGCUGCCGUCUCAGUCUAUGUCUAACUCGCCCGAUGCUUGUAAAGCCGCGCGAAGAACAUGGUGGUGUAUCUACUCCCAUGAGAUCCUUGGAAAACCUCGGAAGUAUCCUAUUCCAUUACCUCGGAUCAAGUCUUUAGACAUAGAUGCGUCCACGGACGCUCCAGAUCUUGAGGGUCGUAGCAUAUCUAUGAUCAACGUGAUGGUCGACUUCGCGGUAGUCCUUCGACGUAUCUCCAAAGAAAUCUACCAUUGUCAGAGGGAUACAACCAUCUCCGAGAAAUCUUCCUCUGCUCUCCAUCUAGACACGCUUCUUGAUGAAUGGAAGCGCAAUCUUCCACCAUGGCACAACUUCGAUGCUGUCAGUUUCAGAGAGCCCGAAUGGGCCGCAAAGCAGAAGCUGGUCCUUCAGCUGCGCUAUCUGAAUGCUCGUGUUAUUUUGCAUCGUCCCUUCAUGUCGGACACAGCUGCGCAUGAGCUUCCGACCAGAGACAAGCAUAUUGGUCUAUGUCUAGACGCCGCUCGCAACACAAUACAAGUGCUAUACGACUCAUACGCAAACAAGCACUACUUCCGAACUUGGUGGUACAAUUCGACUUACACGCUGUAUGCUGGCAUGAUCCUGCUUUACAUUGUCAUGCUUGGAAAUGAUACUAUGACGCACGACAGCCUACUCGAAGAUGUGAAGAAGAGCCGAGACAUUUUGAGGUCCAUGGAAGAAGCAAGCGUUGCUCGCCGUAGUGCUGAUUUACUGAGUGAAGUUUUGGAAGUCGCUACUGCGUACAUGCAUCUGAAGCAGGGUCAAGGGACCCAUCAACCUGGUGUCAACCCUAAUGAGAACAACUUUGAUGGCUUACAGCAAGAAAUAUCAUCAGUCAAUGACAACGCCCAGAUUGACUUCGCCCAGGAUCCAGAAGCAUUCAUGGCAUCCUUGAUCGAUCCGAAUAUCCUUCAGGACUUCACUACCGACUUCGGCGACUGGACUGAUCUUGACUUUGCUUUGUCAACUUCACACGACACAGUAGGAGUUGUGGACCAUCGAGACGAUUUCAAUCCUAUCAGUUAUGCUUGA